AUGUCGAAGUAUACCCAGGGUUUACUUUUCAAGCCUUCUGGACUGGGGGACGGUGACACGUCUCUGUCUCUUUCAGGCAAAAUGUCUAUGGGAACAAUGGCUGCACGCAACGAAUAUUCUGACUACUCCGAUGAGGACAGUGAAAACGACAAAAACACAAAAUCUACAAUGAAGGAGAGCCAAUAUGAAAGUUCCGAUACCAACGUACAGAAGUAUGGUAUAGGAGCGAAGCUUAUGAUGAAAAUGGGAUAUCAGCUGGGCAAAGGAUUGGGACGAAAUCAGGAGGGAAUUGUCAAUCCUAUAGAGACUAAGCUCCGUCCUCAAGGAUUGGGUGUGGGAGGCAUCAAAGAGAAAGUGGGUCGAAAUAAUGAAAGCAGUGAUGAAGAAGAUGACAUACAACCGAUUAAGAAAACAGUCCAGUUUGCAAAACCCACCUAUGAUCUUUACUCCAUUAUAGAGCUUCUCGAAUCACAGGGUGCACACGUUCCAAUGCACUAUAAGGAGCUUUCCGACAGUAUUAGCAGUGAUUCUGUUAAAGCUGCAGCUGAGUACACCAAACUUUCAAGCAUUAACACAGAGCUCGAGCGUAUUAAUCAACAGAUUCGUACGCUUGAAUUUGGACUAGAAAAUGCUCAGAAGCGUGCAAGUCUGGAAGCUGAAGAACUAGAAACUACAAAUGAGUUGAUGCAGCUCCUACUAAAGUGUGUUUCACCUGAAAAUCAGACACUAGAGGAUUGCACAAGUGUACUCGAAAGAAUAACUUCCCAACCUUUGGCAAAGCAUCCUAAAUGCAUAGACUCAUUCACAUCUAUAGCAAACCAAUAUGUUGGUAUGCUUCUUCGAGAACCUAACGAGUCCAGCAAGUUCUGCAAAAUCAUAAUCGAGUGGUCCAUGUUGUACAGAAAAAUCGACACUGAUCAUCUCUCAUUUGAGCUUAAUCAAUGGGAUUCACUUAUUGUUUAUCAUUUGGAAAACUAUUUCAAAAGUGAAACUUUGCUGCUCGAAAAGAUCUCUUGUGUUCUUUCGUUUUGGCUCGACUCUCCCGUGGUUAUUAACACUACUCUCGUGGAAAGUAUUUGCAUCGACACCAUAAUAAUACCUAGUAUCCGGAACUAUGACUGGACACCUGAGAAAGAGAUUGGCAUCAGCAUUAUUGAAUGUCUUCUGUCCUUUAAUUGGGAAAACAGCUCCAUUCAGGAAGUACUCGAGAUUUUCAAUGAGAGAUACUUAUCCUUUAUGGAGGAGCAGUUUUUGCAGUUGAGUGCAGCAGAAAAACCUUGGAAUCGAUUCCUUGAGUAUCUUGAACCAGCCAUUUCUGAGUUUAAAAGGACGUGGUCUAUCGUUUUGGAUCAGUUCUCUGAUCCAACAUCUUUUCGAGAGCAUUUCCUAGAUGCUUUAUUAGAAAACCUAGUUCAUUUCCUUGGUUCGGGAUCUUUUGAAGGGAGUAAGAAAGAGGUAGACAGAAUUCGUAUUCUCGCUCACCUUGCAUUUUCCUUGGAGAUAAUCACACUAACUCAGGCAGAAAUCAUUUUACAGUUUUGUGUAUUCAAUUUAUGGAUCCAGCGCCUCGGUCACAAAAUACGAAAAGAUCCUGAGCUGAUAAAAUCGUGGUAUCUUCAAUGUCAGCAAAGCCUCAUCUCACUUUGUGCCGAAUACAUCAAGCUUGAACCUAUCUGCAUCUUCUACAUCAAUUGUGCUUUAAAGCUCAUAGCGUCAUGUACUCAAAGAGAUAUCCAACCUCCUGCACUUCCACAUAUUGAAAGCAACCUGUUUCCGGAGCCAUCUGAUACUAUAAAAUUGGCUCAAGCGAACGGUAAGUGGGAGACAGGAGCUAGUGUCAAUGCUCUCCCGCUUCAUGGGCUUAUGGCUACUUUCAAGGAUGUGGUUGAAGAUUACUGUAUUGAACAUGGUAUAUCUUUCCAGGCAACGAAACGUACGGAUUCUUAUAUGAACAAGCUUUAUGAGAUCUCCAUUCUGAACGACAGAAUCUUCGAAUGUUUCAUCAGUGAAGACGUUCUCUGGAUCUAUCAAGGCGAUGAGAAGACUCCUGUAUCUUUAUCACUGUUAAAGUCAUUUUUGAGUCGGGUCUGA